AUGUCCAAUGAAACUUCAGAAGAACAACGCAAUGAAGUACUGAGUCAAAAUACGUCUAAUGAAACCAAUAAGACCAUACCAGAUAUAAACCACACCUCCAAUAAUACAAAAGUUGACGAGCCAAUUAAAGUAUCACCGUCAAAGAAUCAUAAAUCGUUAGCAAUCAAUACAGAUCAUAGAAAUAGAAAUUACAAGGACAAAGUUCCACAACAGGGAAAACAUAUCGUAACGACAUCAUCGAUACUAGACGGUAAUGUGCUCAAAAGCCCGUUGUCGACAAAUCAUUCAUCAACAAGUUUAAAUCAAAUUGGUAACAUCUCACAAGCGUCACAUUCUCCGAGCCUAAAUAAGAAUUCAAUUUCAAAUAUUAAUAAGUCACUAAAGGCUAAACAAAAAAUCAUUCACUCUAGAGAACCUCAUCCUAAAAAUCCAACUUUGAUAUCCAACAUAAUAAACAAAUCACCUCAAUCUACAGUUUUUCCUAUUUUACACUCCAAAUCCCACAAUUCCGACAUUGCCCCUACCUUAACCAACUUAAGAAACAAUAAUAGUGCAGUCUCCACUCCAGGUGUGUCAAAUCCAAAACUGACUAAUAAGUUGAAUAAUAAUGAUGAUAUUCUGAAAACUCAUGAAGCUUCAAGUCAGCAAUCUUAUAUCGAUUCGAAACUUUAUCCAUCGCGGCAACAUGUAUCGUCACAACCUCAAGAUCCUCAAGACAAUCCCCAACAUCAAAUUUCUCAGCCUCCAAAAUUUUUACAUCAAACUCAACAACAAGCUACUCAGGCUCAACAAUCCCAGCAACCUAAUUUCAUGAAUCACCCUAAUAAUUCUGGACUAAACAUGUCCUCGGUCACAAAUUUAUCAGACACCAACAAACAAUCUAAGCACAAAAAAAUAGCAAAACAAAGUUCAACUAAAACCGAUUUUUUUGCUGCGAAAUUAGCGAGUGCCGUUGAUGAUGUCGAAAGUAGCGAUAGUGAUGAGACUUUUGUUUAUGAAAAUGACAAUGAUGAUGAUGACGAUACCCCAAAUCAAUUCAACAUAUUGGAUAAUGUAAGUGUAAGUGGAAGUAUUGGGUUCAAUGCUAAGGAUGAAGCAGAAAAAGUUAAAUCAAAGGGAAAUAAGGCUCCGUCGAUAGUCAAUUCUAUGACGAGUGCUAGCCAUUUAGAACCUCUUGCAUUCAAACGCCAGAAUUAUCCGGUCCUGUCUUCAAUUUCAAUUUCCGAGUCUGAUAAUGGCAAAGCUAACUCCUCACAAAUUCAUCAUACACCAGUUAUUGAGCAAAAUCAAAAUCAAGGUCAAAUUGACAUUCAAAAUACAACAAUAGGUCAUUCGAUAGGUGAUAUUUAUCGCCAGGACGAUGCCUACUCAUACAACGAAAUUGAUGAUGAUAUGGUAGAACACGCAUCCUCAGAAGAUGAUGCUGAAAAAUUUAAUACAGUAGUACCAACACAUGCACAAAUAUCAUCAUUACAGCAUUUGCAUGCUCCUUCAUCAUCUACAACUCAUUCGGUUUCCAGCAAAAACACGUCAAGAAAAAACUGUAAAUCAUCAACAACUUCCUCAAAACUAAGAUCCACCACGUCAAAAUUAUUUGAUAAAAAGGGCUCUCAACCAAGAAGAUAUAGUACUAUACCUGACGAUAUAGAUAUUGAAGAUUUUGACGACGAACUUAUAUACUACGACAACAAUGUUAAGUUUCCACAUGCUAAUGAAUCAUCAUCUUUAUUGAAAAAUCCUCAGAAGAAAAUUCCUCAUUAUAGAUCAUUGAACAUGAAUCCAUCUGGAUCUAAACGCCAGAGAAGAUACUUAUCAACAGGUCAGCCACUAAGUAAUUCUGAUCAUGAUUCGAACAAAAAUAUUUUUCCUUUUCCAUAUAAUGACAAUGUUCAACAACCACACCAACAACAACAACAGCAACAACACAAUUUUUAUUAUGAUAUUGAUGAUUUUGAUCAAAAUUCGAACAGAUCGUACAAUUUUGAUCUUCCGGACUUACCAAUGCAUAAAAAAGGUUCUAGGAAUUUUACAAAUAAUAAUCAUUUGAAUGGACAACCUUUCUAUUUAGAUCAAAAAUUUGAAAAAAGAUCAAGUUGCAUUAAAUCAUUUAUUUAUACAUUGAUUUGCAUUGUGGUCAUAUUAUCAGUCGGAUUUAUUUUAGGUUUCGUUAUGGCAACCACAAAAGAUUUAACAGACGUUGGGAUUACGUCCAUUGAAAAUCCAAUUGUUAGUAAAGAUGAACUUGUUUUCAAUAUUGUAGUGGAGGCAUUCAAUCCUGGUUGGUUUAACGUCGAUAUUAAAGAGGUUGAAUUAGAUUUAUUUGCUAGAAGCGGAUACCUUCCAGAUGUUAUGGAUGUGUCCAAAGAAUACCACGUUAAAGAUUCUUCAUCAAAAGUUGAAACCGUGAAAUUGGGUACAAUAACUAGUUUAGAAUCAGAAAUGAAUUUUGAAGGCGGCUUUUUUUCAAGGGAACCUACUGUCCAAAAAGGUGAAAUUAAAUUAUUGAACCCUGGCAAAAACGUUACAUUAAUCACCUAUUCUAAUGACACUGGUCAGGAUAAUACUGAAAAAUGGGAAAUAAUUAGUGAAAAUCCAUUUGAUUUGAUUAUUACAGGUGUCUUGAAAUAUGAAUUACCACUAGGUGCAAGCACUAAAUCUGUCGUUGUUAGAAAAACAGGUUAUAUUGAUCCUACGUUGUACUAUUUUAAUAUUACGAAGAGUGGAUAA